GUUUACAACCAUUGACGAGUGUUAGUCUCUGCCCCGUCUGCUCAGAGAAUGCUGCGCGGCGAGGCUGGACGCGAGGCUGCAUCCGAGCGGGACCGAUGAGUGAUCUUAUCUCCUCACUAUUUGAUCUCGUAAUCCGUUUCCCUUUCCUUCCAAUUUCCCUAGACUCUCGCAAUCAACUUGUCAGUCUUGCAACUCACCUGGAUUCCGUUUCUUCCCUGCCACGCACUGUGGUUGAGAGUCAUCGUAUUCGUGGAGACACGCGACAAGCCACGCACCUGGAUAAGAACACGCCCAAUCGCUCACAGGAUGGAUAAAUUUGCUUCCACUCUUGAAGAUGUUCUGGACGACAUAUCAUUCCGCAUGCGCGAUUGGUAUGCGAGGCAGGAAUUCACGGGCAAAGGUCUCUUGAUAUGUGGCACCGCUUUCUGCAUGCUGAUCUUGCCGCUUGCUCUAUUCGAGCUCAAACGGAAUGCUAGGGCAUCCAACUCAAAGAAACCACGUCUUCCUGCUACCAGCAAAAGACUACCUAUCCCAAAACCGAUCAAGGUCAAGGAGAUACGUGUCUAUCCGAUCAAGUCGUGUCGGGGCAUGAUCGUGCCUAGCGUAAAGGUUCUGGAGACUGGUCUCGAGCUGGACCGAAACUGGAUGUUUGUUGAUGCAAAAACUAUGAAUUUUCUCACCAUCCGUCAAAUAUCUGAAAUGACGCUGAUCGAUACGAAGUUGACAAGUGAUGGCCAGCUCGAAGUGAGCGUGCGUACCAGGCCGGAUAUCAAGUUCACGAUAGCAACACAUCCGACACGAGCCUGGCUGGAAGCAAACACCAAGCUCAGUGAGUGCGAGAUCUGGGGCACCAAGACAGACGGAUGGGUUUAUCCCGAGGCCAUGACGGCAGGCUUCUCUGAGUUCUUGGGUAAAGAUGUACGCUUCGUUUUUAAAGGUCCAACAAGGCGCGAUCUUCCUAAGCAAGCCAGACCCGAAGUCCUCGGACGUGUUGGAAGCAUAAAAUUCGCUGACUUUAUGCCUGUGCAAGUCGCGAACCAGCGGUCGAUCGAGGAGCUCAACUCACGACUCAGAGCCAUAGGUGAGAAGGAGAUUACGAUCGAGCACUUCCGGCCUAAUAUUGUCGUCGAAGGCGAGGAGCCGUGGUACGAAGAUGUAUGGAAGACGAUCCGCGUGGGCGGCACAAAAGCUGGAAAUGUCACUAUGGACAUUCCAGUUAGAUGUGCUAGGUGCCAGGUGCCCAAUGUGAGUCCGGACACGGGCAUCAAGAACCCAAAGCAACCAUGGGACACCCUCAUGAAGUAUCGCCGCAUUGACAAAGGUAUUAAUUUUAAGCCAUGCUUCGGUAUGCUGUGCGUGCCCAGAGGCGAAGGGUUCAUAGAGGCUGGUACUGAUUUCGAGGUCCUUGAGGUGACCGAAGAGCACAACUAUAAGGGCCUUUAAAGGCGGUCAUCGUCGAUAGAUGGAAAUGGCUUGAGCACGUAUAAAGACGAGUUCUACUGGUAGCUGUGUGCCGUUUAAGACAAAGACAAAUUGAUAUUCGACAGCAGAUUUCGGGCCCGGUGAUGAACUUGCGAGAUAUUCUCAUUCCAAAAAGUAAUCAAAUCAUUGACAUUCUGGUGAUCAAGGCAGAUAUCUGCGAUCAAAAACUGUACAAGCUUGGCACAUCAACUCAAGC